CAUAGCAACCCUGAAGCUUGAAACACAAGAGUGAGAGAGGAGAGUGGGAGGAGGGGGGGCAGAAAAAAGAGAAAAGUCUUGAUCAGCCUGCAGCUUCUGCUCUGCCACAGGGCUUCAGCACUGAGCUUCUGUGAAGUGGCCUCUCGCCCGGGGUGUGCAGCGGUGUGUAUGAGUGCGUGCGUGUGUAUGUAAUUCAGCACCAUGUCAGACCCGAGGGACAUCGACGAGGAUGCCAUCCUCAAGGGCCUCAGCGCCGAGGAGCUGGACCAGCUGGAGGAGGAGCUGCAGGAGAUGGAUCCUGAGAAUGCCAUCCUGCCAGCUGGCUUCCGGCAGCGAGACCAGACUAAGAAGACCCCGACGGGGGCCUUCGACCGCGACGCCCUGAUGCAGCAUCUGGAGAAGACGGCCCUGGAGGACCCGGAGCGGGAGGAACUGGUGCCCUUCACCGGAGAGAAGAAGGGAAAGGAAUUUAUCGCCAAGAAAGCAUCUGAUAUCCCGGAGCACGAGCAGGUGAUGCUGGAGCCGGAGCUGGAGGAGGCUCUGAAAAACGCCACCGACGCAGAGAUGUGUGACAUCGCAGCUAUCCUGGGAAUGUACACGCUGAUGAGCAACAAGCAGUACUACGACGCUCUGGGCUCCACGGGCAGCAUCGCCAACACGGAGGGCAUCAACAGUGUUGUGAAACCAGAUCCUUUCAAGAUCUUCCCUGAGGAACCCCCAAACACCACCAACGUGGAGGAGACUCUGGAGCGAAUCCACAGCAACGACAGCGCUCUGGUGGAGGUCAACCUCAACAACAUCAAGGACAUUCCCAUCCCGACAAUAAAAGAGGUCUUCGAGGCAAUGAAGGGGAACUCCUGUGUGGAGGCUCUCAGCAUCGCUGCUACCCGUAGCAACGACCCCGUCGCCUAUGCGUGCGCUGAGAUGCUCCAGGAGAACACCAGCUUGCAGAGUCUUAAUAUCGAGUCCAACUUCAUCACUGCAGACGGCAUGAUGGCCAUCAUCAAAGCCAUGGCCAACAACGCCACACUGAUGGAGCUCAAGAUCGACAACCAGAGGCAGAAGCUUGGAGACUCGGUUGAGAUGGAAAUCGCCUCCAUGUUGGAGAACAACUCCAGCAUCCUCAAGUUUGGCUACCACUUCACCCAGCAGGGCCCCCGCGCCAGAGCCGCCAUGGCCAUCACACGGAACAACGACAUGCUUCGCCAACAGAGAUUAAGAUGAAAGCAAAGGUGGAGAGAAAGAAGAGAAGCUACUCCAGCCCCCGAGAGCCUUCCAAACAAUGCCAGAGCCGGCGCUGCGGCGCGUCAGAGCCGAACAGAUUAAUCCGGGUCAUUGUGCAUGGUGGAAACCACGUCUAACAUCCACGUUCAACCAUUUCACUUCAUUUUACUGCUGCAAGUUUGUGCAGACUUCUGUGUUCAUCAUAAAGGCAUGUUUAGGCAACAAGAAAAAUGUCAAGUGUCUUCUUUUUGUGCUUGUUAGUUUGUGCAUCACCAACAUCAUCACAAACAAUUCUUUUCAUGAAUGAAAACGUUUUCAUUGUGGUGCUAAAUUAUAUGUGGGGAGGGUCAAAUCUGUAAAUACUUCAAUAAAAAUAUAUGUUCUAGUAUUCUUUCUAA